UUUGUAUAAAAAAGAAUUGUGAAAAGAAUUUUAAUAGUCCCUCUUGGAAAAUUUGAAUGAAAUUUUAAUGCUGAAAUAUGAUUUUUCCAAAUGUAAAUUUUACAAAAAGACAGUGGCUAACGCUAUUGGUUAUCGGUUUAGCUGAUUUUUUCAAUGCAGUUUGUGUUAGUUUACAAGCACCAUUUUUCCCACAUGAGGCUGAAAAAAAAGGAUGUAACGCAACUGAAUAUGGUUUGGUAUUUGGUGUUUUUGAAUUAGUUGUAUUUAUCAUCUCCCCAAUUUAUGGCCAAUAUUUAAACCGCAUAGGGCCAAAGGUACUUUUUAAUGGAGGGAUAUUUACCACAGGGACAUCAGCAAUAUUAUUUGGUCUUUUAGAUAAAAUACCGGAUCACAUCCCUUUUAUUACUUUAGCUUUCAUAAUAAGAAUCGUAGAGGCGCUUGGUAAUGCUGCCUUCUUAACUGCUUCUUUUGCCAUAAUAGCAAAAGAAUUUUCGCAAAAUGUGGGUGUGACAUUUGCAUCUUUGGAAACGUUCUUUGGAUUAGGUUUAAUAGUUGGUCCAAUGGUUGGAGGUGCACUUUAUACAAUUGGUGGUUAUUUUAUGCCUUUUGUAGUUUUAGGUUGUGCAUUAUUUUUAAUUGCACUACUUACAUUAUGUGUAUUACCUCGGCAUACCAAAGAUGUAGAUGAUAAAACUAAAGGCUUAUCUAUGAAAAGUGUUCUAAAAAUACCAGGUGUUCUUGUGUGCAGUUUUGGAAUUUGUGCAACUAGUGCUUCAAUUGGUUUUUUAAAUGCAACUUUAGAGCCUCAUUUAAGACAAUUUAACUUAACUCCAGUUUUAUUGGGUGUCGUAUUUGUUAUAAAUGGAGGAAUUUAUGCUUUGACUGCACCAAUUUGGGGAUGGAUGGUUGAUAAAGUAUUUAGUCCAAAGCUUGCUUCCUUAUUAGGAACAUUUUUAAUUGGAAUAGCAUUUUGUGCAGUUGGUCCAGUAUCGUUUAUACCGUUAGAAACAACACUAACCGUCGUUAUUUUUGGUCUGGUAGUUCAUGGCCUUGGUAUAGCAGCUAUGCUUGUUUCAAGUUUUGCUGAUGCUUUACGUUGUUCAGUUGAAAAUGGUCUUCCUGAUAAUAUGGAAACUUACGGUUUAAUAUCGGGAUUAUGGACAUCAACAUUCGCUUUAGGUGCUUUUAUUGGACCAUCUGUUAGUGGAGUGUUGUAUGAUACAGUAGGUUUUCGGAAAGCUGUAAUUUUUAUUAUAGGUCUUAAUGUAUUAGUUGGACUUACAAUAAGUAUAUUCCUUUGCUUUAAUAGACGAAAAAAUAGGCAAUAUAAAAAAUUAGUGGACGAUGAUCGAGGGCAUAAAAAACACAACGCAGAAGAUGGAAUCAAAAAUGAUCAAAAUGGAAAUGCAAAAGGAAUAGUUUUAUUCUCUUCAGAAACACAAAAAAUAGCUGAUAAUAGUAAUCAGAUAUUACCCUGCUCCUUAACAGAUCAAUUAUACAAAGACAGUUAUACAAAUUCAAAAAGUCGACUAAUUAGGCCGCCAGAAACUGUAGCUGGGAUUAAUUGUAGCUCUUAUUAUGGUAGUAUAGAUAUACAAACAAAUGGAACAUUACAACAAACACUUUCCUAGUUAUGGGAAUUUUUAAUAUUUUUCAUAACGAUAUGUAAAUUUUCUAAAUUUUAAACUAAAAUUCUAUUGAUUAGAAUGAUGCAUAUUUAUAAUUUAAUAAAAUAAUUUGUGUAUAUGUUAAGUUACGAUAUUGUUAAAAAAAGAAAAUUUCUACAAAGUAUUGUAAAACAAA